GUCGCUUCAUGGUGCGUUUGGGGAAGUACAUAAACAGAUCUUCGGCUCCGAACGAUCGCGUCUGAAUAGAAAGUAAACACAAAACGUGCUCUCGUCGCCGACAGCAUGGCGCAAGAAAACGGCGAAACGUUUCGGCUCCCGGGGCCCAAGUUUAAGGACGAGGUACAAAAGGCACUCGAUUGCUACAGUCGGCAUUUGAAUCCUCACUUUUCAACGCCGACCGGCAUGUUGAUGCCUCGCGAUAAACAACCGCCGCCGAUGUAUGGGCCACGAGGACCGACCGUGCCACCGCAGUAUUUGCCGGCCCAACGCCACAACCCACGGAAGCGGCCGGCCGGUGGCUACAACGGUUAUCCCUCACAACCGCGUCAACCGUUCCGGUACGGUGGACAACCACCACGACGCCCACCAGGGCUGGAGAAAGAUGUGGUUCCGGAGUUACUUCGCCUUGAUUGGAACCUGUGGUGCGCCGGGUGUGAUGUGAACUGCCGAAACGAAGAAGAGUACCGUCAACAUCUCGAUCGGCAUGUGCCAUGUGCUGUGGCGGGCUGCACAUUCGUUGGCCAUCCGAUGGUAAUGAAGAAACAUGCCAGUAAGGUGCACGUAGCCGAUCGACCGGAGGCAGCGGAAGCGAUCGCUAAGCCACCGUCGAACGAAGAGAUUGAACGGUGGCGCGAAGAACGUCGCAAGCGCUAUCCCACCAAGCAGAACGUUAUUGUCCGACAGCAGGCCCAAGAAGAACGGUUCAAGCGUGGGGAACGGAUCGAGGAAAAUAAGGAGCGAUUCCCAAAGCGGCCCGGAAGUAAUGAAACAACGCACGCCAAACCGUUCGUUGCUUCCAAAAGACAGAAACGUCGACGACGGGGGAAGGUGCCCGAUAAGUGUCCCGAAGAGAAAGACUCCGGUCCCGGACGGAUAGCGUUUGUCGGCACCGCCGCUCUGGAAGACUACCGGGAACCAACGGCAAGCAACGCGCUCGGUAUGCUGGGAGUAUACGGUUCAGACAGUGCGAGCAUAUCGGAAGAUGAGGAUGAGAGUGUCUCAAUUGAACCGGAACACCCGUGUAUCGUUGACCAGAAACAUGUUCCGAAGGUGCUGGGCGAAGUGCAACCAAAGGAUGAUGGCCAGAGAGAACAGGUACCACCGGCAGCGGUGCCAAUGGUAGCAGAUCGGAGUGAGGAGAAAGAACCACAAGGCUCGGCGACUCACUGCAAGCAAAAGCAUCGCGGGCGGCACAGUGAUGCGAGACCCAUUGGCGAGCGGCCAACGAAAAAGUACUUGCUGGACUACUCGAAACUGCGGCGAGCGACCCAAAACACCAUGCUGGAAAAGCUGCUGGACGCGGACAUCCGGCACGAGCGAAACGUACUGCUGCAGUGCGUGAGGCACGUGGUGUCGAGCCAGUUUUUUGGUGUUGGCCAGCUUGAAGAGACAGAGGUAAAGGAGAAAGGGAAUAUUUGA